UUGAAUUCCUAGUGGCAAUGUCGUUCACUCUGCUGCCCACCAGAGAAGAGGUUUUCAGGAAAAGUGAUAAAGAAUGUGAUAAACUGGCAAAGUCAUUGAAGUGAGUUCAGUUACUUGAAGACACAAAAUCACCUGCAAAGAGCCACAAGCUUGGCUCGGUGUUUGUCGACGAAGAAUUUCCUCCUAACGACACCUCGCUAGGAGAUUUACCAAUAAAGAAAGACUAUCCAAUCAAAUGGGCAGCUCCUCAAGAAUUCGUGUCAGUUCCCCCGGUACGUCACGAGACAGAUUCAUGGACAGUUUGGCGUGAUCCAAGGCCGUUCCAAGUCUUUCAAUUGGGAGUGGGAGAUUGCUGGCUGAUUGCGGCCUUGCAGACAAUUGCAAGGCGCAAGACACUGCUUGAUCAGAUAGUUCCGAAGAGAUGGUUCACGAUGAAGCACGGUAUCGCUCAGAUUCGACUUUUGAUAAAUGGAGAAUGGAAAGUGAUUAAAAUUGAUUUUCACGUUCCAAGCUCGUCGGCAUCGUAUGAGAUAUUCACACCUAUGGUCAGAAAGCAAGCGUGGGCGGCGUUAAUCCAAAAGGCAUUCGCAAAGCUUGGAGGAUCCUAUGCAAAGCUACACGGAGGCUUCGCAGAUAUUGCGUUCCUUCAAUUGACAGGAUCAUUCACUUCCACCUAUUAUUUGAAUAAGCUCUCCAGUGAUAACGAUAUCUGGGACUUCAUUUUAAGCAUGCAAAAAUCAAAGUUUCUUGUGACGGCUUGCAGCACUUAUUGUGAGGAAGGUUCUGAAGAGUGGGAUAUCUUUCUCAAAAAUCAAAUCAGUCCAAAUCACGGGUAUUCAAUUCUGGAUACAAAAAUUCACGAGGGCCACCGACUCGUCUUGAUUGGUAACUUUACUUACUCUUUGCCAGAUCAAGGCACGGGUACACUGAAAUGGGGUCAUUUACCGAGAUUCGAUGAAAAAUGCCUUUGUGGGAAUAUUUUCGACUAUGUUCUCUCAACGACUAGCAUCCAUUGGGUGGACUUGCAUAUUUUGUCUCGAUUCUUUUCAUGCUUUGAAAUUUGUCAUUAUCGUGAAGGCUGGAAAGAAAUCCGUUUUCGAAAGACUUUGGUUCCAAAGAACGGCAAGACAGAAAUUUUAAAACUAUUUCUCAAAACAAGAUGCGAGCUGGUUAUUGAGGUUAUCAGACGAAAAGAAGCGCUAAGAUUAGAAGCGGAACAAUUGAGAAAUAGGUGUAUACUGUUCUGCAUUGUUUAUUCUGCAACUGCGGACAAUAAAUGUGAUAAGAUUCUGAUGAUUACUCAUGCAUAUGACUUGAAUUUGGAAUUAACACCCGGCACACUUGAUCCUGGAACAUAUUUGAUUUCAUUUGUGAUCCUUGAAGAUUACGACGAGCUGGAGUUGGAUUGGGUCAUUCGAAGCCCGUCUGAUAUGAGCUACAUGACGUUUGAUUUCAUCAGUCACCCCAUCGAAUCACAACUCGACGACAUUCAGCAAUUCAUUAUAGAAGAGGGCGAAAUAAUCAAGAGCGACACUGGUGAAUUGACUGUCUACAAAUUGGGUGGCCGUUAUUCCAAUGUGUUUGUUUAUGAGAACAAUUGUAGAUUCAACUUUAUUAGUGUGGAAGGAAGCCUGUCGAAUUCUUUGCACAAUAAUUAUUUAACUGCAACAAAUGGAUUGAUUGAUUCGAGUUUUGAAAUUCCACCGCAAUCUCGUGUUAUACUAGAAGUAGUCUCGUGCGAAUGGGAAUAUUUCAGUGCCAAUUUCAAUAUUGAGUUCAAAGUUCUUCCCUUUAUGUGGACUGUUUGUUACUGGUUCGCGCCACUUGUGGAAUAUUUUGUUCCUGAAUCUUCGUUCAACUACUCGUUUCAAACUCCAGUCGUGAUCAAAAAGCGACAGGAUCACAGAUGGACAAUUGAGGAAAAGACCAAGAAGGAUUGAACUUUAUUUACAGUAAGAUAUUAUUAAUCGAAUAAAUUACAAGGUUCAAAA